AUGCUAGAGUCGCAGAAUGGCAUAGUUUUCCUUCCUACGCCGCUACUCCCCACAGUGAGAGCACUACGUGGUCCUCCUGUCCCAGCUGCGACACAAAGUACAUCACACACGACCUGGAUGCAGGGGCCCUUCAAAAAUAUGUGGUGUAAAUGGAAAGUGGAAGAAUUGCGGACCACGAAUUUGGCAGAGGCCUUCCAUAGGUUGUAA